GAUCAGCAGUCGCUUCUGCUCCCUUCUCUGUAUCAGCCGCGAUUUGAUCACGCACCAUGACCAAGCUUUUGUUCCUCGUUGCUAUUCUCGUCGUGGCUGCAGCUGUGGCGGCUGAUGCUCACAUAUCACCUCUUCCUCCUCCCUCACCCAAGGCUACUGCGCCUCUUCCGGUUCCCGCACCUAGUCGUAGCCCCAUCGUGAAGAAGGAAUCGACCUUCUCUCUGAAGUGCGUCAUUCACAACUUGGCGACGAGGGACAUAUCGGUGAAGCUGAUCGUUCGAGGCGAGGAUGCGGCGAAGGCUGUGGUGGCAAAGGCUGGGCAGUGGACCGCCAUCGGGAUCGUGAAAGUGGGGUGCUCCGUUCCGGUGGUGCACGUGUGGGUGUUAGUGAAGAACAACAAGGGCUGUGCUAUGACGAAGACCUUCCCGGUCAAGUUGGCCGAGUUUCUGAAGAACAUCGAGCCCAAGUGCUCGAAGGUGCUGGCGUUGACGGCAUGUGAGGAGGGGAAGGGUCUGGUGGUGAAGGUUGGCAAGAAGGAGGUGCUCACCGUGAAGUACUAGAUCCCAGUCAAGGAUUGUGGACUUGUUGGAGUCGCUGCAAUCGGGCUAUGAGAAUCGGGACAUACUGUCCAAUUUAGGAGUUGAUCCGAGGGGGAUGGAUGCUGUUACUACCCAAAUUCCUGUUUAAGAGAUUGUUUGAGCACUGCCAGAAAUCGCAGCUGCUACAUGAAUUUUAGAAGUUGUUAGUUACAGCUGCAUCAGAAGCGACGAAGUUCGAGACGUCGAGGACGUCAACAGCUUGAUAUUUGAGAGGGCCCUAGCUCGAUAAUCAUCAUAAUGUGCAUCGGUUGAAAUCCGCAUUCUUUCUUGCGAUGCUG